AUGGAUCAGAGCUUUGGGGACGGUGGUAGGGCAACUUGGUCCUUGAAGGACAAAACCUACGACCCAGCUGUGCUGAAGGAACUGGAAAUCGAGUUGAUUCCAGAUUCGGAAAUCAACGCGUGUCCGCCACCUUCAGUCUCGUUACCCGAGGAGCCGGAAGCCAAGGAGAAUGUGGAACCCCUGCGAACUGUGGCGAAAAAGACCCACGAACUCGAGUCGUCUGGUCAUUUUGUCAUCCGAUGCAUCACGGAUCGGGCUCUCACGAAAGUGCCUUACAUGGACCGUUUCAGUGAUGAAAUUAUUUUGAUGAUUUUCGAAUGGCUCCCGAAACCCGUGUUGGCUUCGUGUGCACGAGUGUGUAAGCGUUGGCGUCGACUCGCUUACGACGAAUCCCUGUGGCAAUUUUUCGACUUGGGCAGCCGGAGAGUGGAAUCAGGCACCGUGUCGCACUUACUUUCGCUUGGCUUCGCCGUACUGCGGUUUGCGUCUGCAGAAUUCGAGUCUCCCGUGAUGAGACCCUCGACUUGCAUCGGAACCCAGUCAAUGAACGAAAGCAAGCUUCAACUCCUGGAUCUCAGCAAUGCGACAAUUUCAGCGGAAGACCUCGCUGCACUCCUUUCG